AUUUAUUUCCCAGUUUUCGGAAAAUAAUGGCGCAGAUCGGGUCAAAAUCCUCUUAAUUUUUGCAUUUUAGCCCGAUUUGUUCUUAAAAUUAUCUGUUAAAUUUUGGAACCGAACCAUAAAAAAACAUGUUGAAAAGAGCCUCGCUGGCGUUGAGCCACUACCCUGAUGCCUGUUUCCGUGUCUGCAAUUGUAGCAGGUGUCUCCGGAUGUAUCACGUAGUGAAAUGCAUGAAGGAUCUGAAUCUUGUGCAGAAAUCAAAACAGGACUAUGGGAGAACGCCGAAAAAGCUGCAGAGCGUGUUGAUUUGCCAGGAAGGUGCUUGUGAUACACUUAGCCAUCGACUCGAUCAGCCGUUGAGUAGUGCGUUCCUGGAAGACCUGGAGAAGCGCCUGAACCAGAGGAUCUUUAAAAAGGAUUUGAUGGAUGGUGAGACUUCCUUGAAGCGAAAAAUUUUCUGUGAAACCGCCAGUUCUGCCGCGGGGUGUGGGAAAGAAAAGUGCGGAAAAGGGUCAAGUGGAGGUAAGAAGAAGCAGAAAUGUGGCAAGGGUGGUGGAAAGAAAGGCGAUGAUGGAGAUGAUGACAUGAAAAAGCUUAAAAAUAGGUGCAAGGAGUUUAAAGCCCAGAAAAAGUUAAAUAAGUGCAGGGAAAAAGUCGCAAUGAAAAAGUGUAAGAAAAUGGCCAAGGUGAAAAAAUGUCAGAAAAACAAGGAAAUAGAGCAAUGCAUGAAGUGUGUCAAAAAAGAAAGGGGAGAUUGUGAACAGGAAGAAGAAUGUAAGAAGAAAUGCCCCGACGAGGAGGAAGAAUUGGAAAAGCUAAACAAGGCCAUCCAGAAAAUCGCCGAUCAAAUGAAUUGCGAAAAGCAGGCGAAAAUAGAAGCCAUCAAGCGAGCAUGUCGAGAAGAAAAAGAAAGGCAAGAGUGCGCCCGAUUGGCUGAAGAAGCCCGGAAGAGAGCCGAAGAAGAAAGGAAACGCGAAGAAGAGGAGGCCAGGAGAAGGGCCGAAGAGGAAGCCAAAAAAGGGCCUGAAGAAGAUCUGUGCGAACUAAAGAGACAGUGUGCCAAAAUGGCCAAGGAAGCGAGGACGAAGGCGAGGGCCAAGCAGAUGAAACUCAAGGGCCUAGCCGCAAAAGCCAGGGCCAAGAAAAUGAAAGAACAGUGUAAGAAAAUGGCCGCGAUUCAAAAGUGCCGCAAGCAGGCGGAAAAGGAUAAGGCCAACAAGGAGAAGGCGGAAUGCGAAAAGGCCGCCAAGCUGGAGGCGGACCGACUCAAAGCCUUGCGAGAAGCUGAGCAGGCCAGACAAAAGGCUGCAAGCGCAGAGAAAGCGAAAAAAGCGAUGUGCAAGAAAAUCAGCAAACAGCAAAAACCAAAAGAAGUUGAUGUAUGCGCUAAAUACAAGUUCAAGGAAGCAGCUCCAGUAGCUAAAACAAAUGUAAAAGAGAAUAUCAAACAGGAGGUAAAGAAGGAGGUGAAGAAGGAGAUCGCUAAAACGCCAUCUUCGCCUCCUGCCCAACCACCAAAAGCUGCUAGUCCAUCCCCUCCACCAUCUAAAGCCCCACCACCGAAACCGAAAGCCAAUCCCGAAGGACUUUUCCAGAUAUGCAAAAAAAUAGCCGAAAAGAAGCUUAGACAAAGGAAAAAGAAGAUGAAGAUCCUCAAGGCCAAAUGCAAAAAAAUAGCUCUGAAGGAACAGUGCAAGUGUGAGAAGAAAGCAAGAAAGGCCAGGGAACUGAAUGAAUACUGCAAGAAAAAGAAGAAGUAAAUAUGGAUAGCGAUAGCACCAUUCCAAGUUCUUGGAUCUCCCAAUGCUCUGUAUAAAACAAGUUCCUCAAGGCUCAACACAUUUGGCUCGCAGGAUUUGGCUAUGCCCAUGUAUCAAAUCUUCAUUAUCUUUUGUGUUUUAUUACGAUUAUAGUCGUACAUCAGUUUCAGGCACUAUUGCUGGCUUAUAAAAACAGAAAAAAUUAAAUUUGAGCAUUUUAAAUCGGAAUUGACAAUUGUGCGUAUUUAUACGAUUAUUAAAUUAAACACAGAUGCAGUCAAAAUAAUAAAGCCUCAACUCCUUGUAUUUA